AGAGUGUUCGGGUCGUACCACCACCAUUGUGGAACGCACAGUUUCCUUUCUCCAAUGUGCUACCGCAACGCAUCUGGAAAAAAGGCCUCACAAAUGCGAUGAGCCUAGUUGAAAGUAUCGCUGCCAAAAUGGUGUACCACUCCCCUUCAGAGGCCAUCGUUCAUCUUGAGGUUGGCACGCAGUGCAGCUUCCCUCUGGCUGACAAGUCUGUUGGGUGCUGCUUCAGAGCAGGCAGCGAGUCAAGGAGUGUGCAGACUACAGAGACUGUAGAUAAGUCGAGCUACACCUCAGCAUCCAGGCCUUCUAUUUCUCCAUCAACAGCCAACAGUGAAAAUUCACAGCAGGGACGCCUCCAACAAGACCAUUUCUGUGACUAUGAGGCUGGUAAACUGUUUCGUCUGGAAGCACAUGGUAGGGUCUCUACUGGCGAGCGUCUGUUUAAGUGCGAUUUGUGCCGUAAGAGCUUCUCAACAAGAGACUACCUGAAAAGCCACAUGCGCACCCACACUGGUGAGAAGCCAUUUCAGUGCCCUUCGUGUCCUUCCAGCUUCGCAUUAAAGGGCAACCUGACAGCCCACCUGCGCAUGCACACAGGCGAGAAGCCUUUUCAAUGCCCUUCAUGCCCUCAAAGCUUCUCGCAAAAGAGCGUAGUGAAAAGCCACAUGCGCACCCACACUGGUGAGAAGCCAUUUCAGUGCCCUUCAUGCCCUCAAAGGUUCUCACAUAAGUCCAGCAUGAAAGCCCACCUGCACACCCACACGGGCCAGAAACCAUUUCAAUGCCAUUUAUGCCCUCAAAGCUUCUCCUAUAAAUGCAGCAUGAAAAACCACUUGCGCACCCACACAGGUGAGAAGCCAUUUCAGUGCCCUUCAUGCCCUCGGAGCUUCUCGCGAAGCGGCGAAGUGAAAAUCCACAUGCGCACCCACACUGGUGAGAAGCCAUUUCAGUGCCCUUCAUGCCCUCGGAGCUUCACAUUAAAGUCCAACCUGAAAGUCCACCUGCGCACACACACAGGCGAGAAGCCAUAUCAAUGCAUUUUAUGCCCUCAAAGUUUCUCGGUUAAGUCCAGUAUGAAAAACCACCUACGCACCCACACAGGCGAGAGGCCACUUCAAUGCCCUUGAUGCCCUCAAGGUUUCUCACAUCAGUCCAGUAUAAUAGCCCACCUACGCACCCACAAAGGCGAGAAGCCAUUUCAAUGCCCUUCAUGCCCUCAAAGCUUCGUGCAUAAGCCCAACAUGAAAAAGCACUUGCGCACCCACACAGGU